GCGAUUUUGCCUAUCUCUAGUUGCUUUUAGAACACAAUCUUGCCACUUUUUAAUCUUUCAAAAUGGCAAUACUGGGUUUGUUUAUAAUUAUCCAGAAAUAUUAGCAUGGCGUAAUUUGAGUAUAGCUGUAUUAUAAAGUUUUAAGUUGAAAAUGGUUUUAAAAUCGUGUCUGAGAUUAUCACAAGGCCUGCGUAAAGAAGUAACAUCACAGGUGCUGGGUAAGGAAAUAGCAUCACAAGUACUGGGUAAAGAAGCUACAUCACAAGCAUUCAAUGAAACAGAUGCAUCACCAGCACUGGAUAAGGAAAGUGAAUCAUCUUCCACAAGUGUAGCUAGUAAACUUGAUCGCCUUCCCCCUUUGCCAUCACCCAGAGAUUUAUUAAAGCUAUAUAAAAUUGAAGCUCAACGUAAUUUGUCACAGAACUUUCUUUUGGAUUUUAGGCUUAAUAACAAAAUUGUCACUAAGACAGGUAAUGUGAAAGAUUGUUAUGUGUGUGAAGUAGGACCUGGUCCUGGCAACAUUACUCGAGCAAUUUUGCAGAAUGGAGCUAAACAUGUUAUUGUUGUUGAAAAGGAUAGAAGGUUCUUGCCAUCAUUAGAG